CAUUUCGAAUGACGUCAUUUCUAUCUCAGUUUGAACGCCGAAGAAGCGGUACGCGGUGUAGUUUGUAUAGUAGAGACUCACCAUAAACGCGGAAAAUGGUCCAGAAGACUGAACUCUGAGCUGACGAAUUUGUCUAAGCACUGGUCUAGGAAAUUGGGCAUCCUAGAAGACGGGAAAGAUGGCAACCCCAUCCGUGGACGUCCAGGCAGUGAUUGACAAGUUGUACAGAAGCAUUCAGCCGGCCAUAUCUGAGGUCUACGGGAUGUAUCAGUCGCAAAUUGCGUAUCAUGAUGAAUUGCUGCAGGAGGCAAAGAGGGCCGUUGAGACGUGGUCGGAGUGUAGAGCUGUGGGCCCCCAAAAGAGAGCUCGAAGGCCAAGGGGUUUGAAGGGCAAGUCCUCUUUACAAGAGAGUAAAAACAAAGCCGAAGCUGAGCCAGUCAUGGCCACAAUUGAAGAGCACGUCAAGACCGUCGAAGCGGAACCAAUCCCACCUAAAGAAGAGGCUAGCCCAAGUACCAGCGAUAAGGAAAACACUUUACCCAGUACCAACGAUGUCGCAAACGCUGAUUUGCAAGCCACAUCGUCCGAGCCACCCUCGAACAAGUCUCCGAAUAAAAUCGUGGCGAAGACCCCUCGGCAGGCCCGAGAAAAGUUGCGCCACAUUGGAGCGUCCUCUGGAAAGUGCACUCCAGGUCAGAACCGGGCCCUGUUCUCUCCGUACGGAAAACUCAGCACCCGUGAAAAGGCCCAAGCAUUUGAGCAGAGAAACGAGAGCCUCUCGCCCACCAAAGUGAUUCCGGAGAACCAACGAACCCCCGUCGUAGUUCUUGAGGCUCAGCUCCGUGAAUCGUGCAAGACCCACGAGGCUACGGGCAAAGAACCAGAGGAGCUGCCACCACCACCAAGCAAACUUGUCCAAGGCAGCAAGAAGGGAGACCUCCAACAUGAUGACGUGGAUGUGACUGACAAAUAUGCCUUCGUAGAUGACUGUCCUACAAAGGAGCAGAAGCCUAUAGCAAAAAAGGGAAAGGCAAAGAAAAAGCUUGCACCUGCUCCAGCAAAUGCUGGUCCUACCAAAGUUAUGAGUGCAAAGAAGUUCACAAACCCAUUGAAGAAACAACACGCAAGAUCAAGUUCCUCUUCAUUUAUUGUGACACCCCAUACAGCCACCAAAGUAGUGCCUCCUUCUCCCUUGCAAGGAGCCAGAAAUGCUGCUGGCCCUUCAAGGCUGGUCAUGAAACUACUUCCCGGCAGUCAAGUAAAGCAAGCUCCAUCAGAUCUUCAACGCAAGAUGUCUGUGGGUGGCCAGGAGCGUGAAAAGGAGUUGAAGCUCAAGCUCAAGGCUGAAGAGGCGAAAAAGAAACGAGAGUCUCGUGCAGCCCGUGUCCGUGCGGCAAAGAAGCAGCAGGAGGAAAAAAUGAUGAUGGAGCAACAGGAGCGAGAACAGAAGGAACAGCUGAAGGAGCAGGAGCGGAAGAAAAAGCGCAAGGAAUUCCACCAGCGAACACAGAGCGAGCGUGAGAGGGAGAUUGCUGCACGUGGUGGCCAGAUAAAACGAAAGGGAACCUCUCCUGCUGAGUCGAAUCGGAAGAAAGUUCAGCUGGGGCCACUGCGCAUCAAGGUCACACAGCAGGAGAACGACCUUGCGGCUUCUCAUCUUCUGUUUUUCAAGCCGACCACCUGCCUGUCCAACAAGGUGAAGCUCAACAACAGCCUUCAGCAACAAGCGAUGCUCAACAAUCUCUCAACGUCCUUCAGAGCUGAGCAGCAGCAGGACAGCUCAUGUCACGAAAAUGUGGCAGCGGAAGAGCCCAGAGCGCCUUUGAAUGCAACGUACGUUGCUGAACAAAAGCUUGAUUCCACAUACGUCAUAGCAGGUACCUCUGCUCAGAAUGCUCCCUGCAAGACGCCUGCAGUGAAUGGGGCCUCAGAUAAAAGCAGCUAUGACAUCACACCACACCACAGCGAGAUGCCACCAGCACCAAGUGCAGACCCCGACAAUUACGGCAUCGACGAUUUCAACUCUGGUGAUGAGACUGACGACGAAGAUGUGCCGCGCAAGGUUGUGCCACUCUGGGCCCAGGGCCGCAUCCUGCAGAAGCAUAUUGCCAGGCAAUACCGCGACGGAUGGGUUAACGAAGAUCUUUUUGGAGAGCUGGUAGAUAUCAACCUGUCCAGCGUUUUCCGUACUAAAAGGAGGAUCUUCGACAAGAGGACCAGCUCAGCCGUUUGGACAUCCCCAAUAGCUAGGCCAACCCAGUAAAUGCCAGUAAAUACUUUGCCUGAUGUCUUAUUUUUAUGCCGUACUUUAAGCGAUUUUAGACGUCAACAUUGUGCACCAUGUAUAUUUCCAAAGAGCCAAGAUCCUAGCUCUUCAUGUAUGUUACACUUGUACAGCCAAAUCCAGAUGGAGUUGUUUUUAUUCUCCGUCAAGCCAUGCUUGAUGUUUGCUUAUCUUCUUACAAUGUUUAGUAUUGCCACUGUAGUCGUGUAUUUUAGUAGUUUACCUCAAGUACUGGUACAAAACAAUAAUGUUCCCAUACUUGUCUGAAAUAUACGCUUGACCGUUCACACUUC